AUGGGGGCCUAUCACUUCAGGAAAAAAUGGAAGUGGAUGGUCAGUUUAGGAACAGACUUCCCACUACUCGUGGCUACAGAGUCCUGUGAAGUAGGAACUCACAGUCCGCACGUUUAAAGUGUCGUGCGACUGGGUUGUAUGUGGAAUCUGGGGAUAUUAAUACAAGAAUAUGGAAGAGCUGGAACGGGAGGCGAACAAGCUGAUGGACACCUUUUUUUCAACGAAUAUAGAGAUGAUAAAUGCUUGACCUAUUGGACUAUGGGCUGUAGUAGCGAUAAAGUAGGACGAAUUAAGAAGAACUACGAGGAUUCCUCAGAUCGAUUUAUGGCGUUUAUAAUGGGACAUGUCUAAGAGAAACUCGGCGAUCAUACGAAGACACAACGGUCAUCCUUGACCAAAAAGAAGGCGAAUGUUGUAGCAGGUGUGAUAUGAACAGGAAGAAGACUUUAAUGCAAGAGAGCCUGCCUUAUUACUAUUAACAGCAAUAAAGGACUUAUAGGAAAUAUUGUCCAAUAAUGAAGGGGUGAAUGAAGACAACCUGGUUUCGUGCCUUCUUGGUGCAAAAAGAGAUUCCAUUUCAAAACCAGAAAUCCAGACGGCUAUCGACAAGUCUUCUACCUUUGGAAAAGGAGAACAGCUCGGAAAUAACCAUUAAUAGUGGUCUAGACCUCUACAUCAACUGAUUAGUUUGAAAUUAGCUGGAAUGAACUUUAAGAUAAUUAGGACUCCACAGUUCUCCACAACAGCUAGAAAGUUCAAAGUGUGUACCAAAGAUCCUUCAGAUCUGGUCGUUCUGCCCCUUUCUAUCGACCCUUUUGAAAAGAGGAAGAAGGCGCCUUCAGAUAACAAGAAAAAAGCAAAUCAAGAGGGGAGAGCUCUUCACCACCUGCCCAAAAUGCGAAAUGCGUUGAGUUCCUCAGAUAAAUGGUCUGAAAUGAAAAAAAGAGGAUCACAAUAUCCAGGUUUCUCGCAGUCUUCGAACGAUAUCGCUUACUGCAAGAAUAUUAAGGAGAUGAAAGGAUUUGGCCCUCAUCUAAGACUGCAUUUCAUGUGGAACGAUAACCAACUGUCCAAGAGGCACACUACAACAAGAAAGUGUCAAAUAGGAAUAGAAGGAAAGAACACAGAGAUCACCUUGAGGCGUGCACCGUGUGAAGGUAUAAAAGUAUGCAGUUUUCCAGAUUGCACUUAUGCAGUGUCAAAUCGCCAAAACCAGAACAGAUGUAAAGGAUGCUAAGAUGCACAAACUCAAAAUGACUGGUCCGUGUCCAGCUCAAACUAGAUAUGCUUGGCCUACAAAUGAUGAUGGUCGGAGGUGGAUGGGAAUCGUUUCUGAUGCUGACUUAGAGCAUAAUCACAGCAAGCCAGCACCACAUCGUUUUAGCCAAGAGGUUAAAUGUAAGUUUGGCACUGCUCUAAAAAAGACACCUUAUUAACGACCAAAGAUCUGCAAAAAGGUUGUGGCAUAGGAAUUAUACCUAGAGAGUUGUCCCCGGCUGCUGCAAAUUUCCCUCUCUAAAAGUUCAGAAAUGCGAACAUUUAUCGCCAUUUUUUCAGGAUCUGCCUUCUUUUGAGUGGGCAAACCUUAAUGACAAGGAAGAGAUUGGAAGGGGCUCAUUUGGAUCCGGUUUUUUGGCCAAGUAUACCCAAACGAGCAAGGAUGAUGGUAGGGGAGAUUUGGUUGUUAUAAAGAAGCUUCUAAGAACGGAGGAAGAAGACAAAAGACUGUUUCUUAAAGAGGCCAAGACUCUGCAGGGUUAA